GGCCAGAGGGAGAAUCCAGGCGUCGGAGGCCUGCUGGCGGGGCGACCGGGGGGGGGUAGCAGGAUGCCUGGGUUCUCUCCUUGCUGGGAGCCCGCAGGCCUGGGUUCUCCAGGCACUGGGGGGCUGGGAGUGGGGAUGGGGGCAGGGAGCGGGGAGCCCGGUCACCUGGGGUCUCUGGAUACUACAGGGCUGAGAGCAGGCGAGCCUGGUUGCCCAGGUUUCCUCUCCUGCCCCGCACUAACUAUGCUCCCCCCCACUGUGCCAGCAGGCAGUGGCGAUGGGGGCGGGGGCUCCCCCGGCCCCCCUGGGCUUCAGCCUCGGCCUCCUCCUCCUCCUGGGCCUGGCCAGAGCAGGGGGUGCCUACAAGCCGGUCAUCGUGGUGCAUGGCCUCUUCGACAGCCCGGCCGACUUCCAGCACCUGCUGGGCUUCAUCAACGAGACACACCCAGGCACCAACGUGACGGUGGUUGACCUGUUUGACCACAGCGAGAGCCUCCGGCCGCUCUGGCUCCAGGUCGAAGGUUUCCGCCGUGCCAUCGCCCCCAUCAUGGCCAACGCAGCUGACGGUGUCCACCUGCUCUGCUACUCCCAAGGGGGCCUCAUCUGCCGGGCACUGCUGUGCACAAUGCCAGAGCACAACGUGGACACCUUCAUCUCCCUCUCGGCCCCACAGAUGGGGCAGUAUGGUGACACUGUCUACCUGAAGUGGCUGUUCCCCCAGCACGUGAAGACCAACAUCUACCGCAUCUGCUACACGCAGCUGGGCCAGGAUGUCUCCAUCUGCAACUACUGGAACGACCCCCACCACCGCGACCUGUAUCUGAACAGCAGCAGCUUCCUGGCCCUACUCAACGAUGAGCGGCUGCACCCCAAUGCCUCUGCCUGGAAGAGGAACCUGCUGCGGAUCCAGAACAUGGUUCUCAUCGGGGGGCCCGAUGACGGUGUCAUCACGCCCUGGCAGUCCAGCCUCUUCGCCUUCUACGACACUAACGAGACGGUGACAGAAAUGCGGGCACAGCCGGUCUACUUGCGUGACGCCUUUGGGCUGAAGACCCUGGACGGGCGCGGCAGCAUCCACACUUGUGUAGUGCCCGGCGUGGGCCAUGUGGCCUGGCACAACUCCCGGCGCGUCUACAGCACCUGCAUCCAGCCCUGGCUCACGUAGCCCUGCCCGGACGCCUGGGUCCUCCAGCAGGGGAGGGGGCUGGCAGCCCGGACGCCUGGGUUCUCCAGGAGGGGAGCGAGGCCUGGAGACAAGGACUCCUGGGGUCUCUGGGACAGGACGGGGGGCUCGGGGUGAGAACAGGGAGGGCUGGGAGUCCAGACGACUGGGUUCUCAGCCACGUUGACAGUGGGGGUGGGGGGUUGGGGCUGGCUUGCGGGGGCUGUGGCUUGUGGGGGGCUUUAAGGGGGCAACUGGAGCUUGGACCCCCCAGUAUUAACCCUUCCCUGUCCAAUAUCCCCCCUCCCUAUUCCAUGCACGUACUCAGGGAUUUGGGGGGCCUUUCCUUGACCCCCCAAAAUGGAGCCCCCAUUGGCUCAGGGGUGGGGGGGAGCCAUAGCAGUGCCCCCCAGGACAAGGCUGGGGGUGUACAGCUGGGUUGGGGGUACAAGGGGCCCCACCCCCCAGCCCCACACUCUGGGGGUCCCAGCCCCCACAGGCAGGGGAGGUGCCAGGCAGCUUGGGGAGGCACCUGGGCUCUUUGGGGGUUCAGCUUUGCAGGUGGGGGGAGCCUGGCUGGACAUGGGGGGCUCCUGGGAGUCCCUGGCUUCUUUGGGGUACUAUAGAUAAGAUUGACAGGAGCUGCAGAGGCUCUGCUGCUUUGGGGAGUCAUGGUCACAUGAUUUCAGGGUUCAGGGCUGGACUUGGGGUGACUCAGGGGUCAGUCCUGGGAGGCCCUGGCAGAUGCGGGGGACAGUAUUUGGGGGUUCGAUCCCCCAGCAUGAGUAUUGAGGUUCCCCUUACUGUUUACAUGCCCCGCAAGGCAUAAGUGCCCCUCCCCCAAUUUGGGGGUGUAGUGUUAUUUUAGGGGGGCUCAGUGUUACCUCUCCCCCCCCCAACAUGCGCUGUAUUUAUAGAAUAAAGUGAUUUAUUCCCUAA